AUGGGGAGAAUGCUGGUGUUGCUCGUGCUGGUGUUGCUCGUGAUCUUGAUGAUGAUGGUGGUGGUGAUCGUGAUGCGCACAUGCUUGGACACCAUGCAGGAUGAGUAUAUCCGACGCCGGUUUCGGCUCAGUCGACAAGCCAUUAUACACCUGUAUGCACUCAUAGAGGAGAGACUACGGCCAACAACUGGCCGCAGCCAUGCUGUGCCAGGGAUGGUCAAGUUGCUGGCAACCCUUUACAUUUUGGGGAGGGGAUCCUUUCAAACUAUCUCAGGCAUUAUUUGUGGCCUGGGCCAACCCACAGUCUCCAGGGUCUUCACACAGGCCAUUCUGGCCAUCAAGAGCCUUGCACCACGAUUCGUCCACUUUCCGCAAACAGAGAGGGAGUGGAGAGAUGUCAAGCUGGCCUUUUACAAUCGGGCUGGUUUUCCCAACAUCCUGGGGGCCGUGGAUUGCACCCAUAUUGCCUUGCAGCCCCCCAGGCUUGAAGAACGAACCUACAGGAACCGCAAGCAAUAUCAUUGUUUGAAUGUGCAAAUCGUCCAUGACGCCACACAAAAAAUCAUGAGUGUGCGGGCCAAUUUCCCUGGGUCCACUCUUGAUGCGUUCAUCCUUCGCCAAUCAGGCGUUUCCCGGAGGUUUGAGAGAGGCCAAUUCCCGCAUGGCUGGCUUGUGGGGGACGCCGGGUAUCCGCAGCAUGCCUGGCUGAUGGCUCCAAUCAGAUACCCCCAGCUCGAUACAACAGUGCCAGCUGAAGCUCGAUACAACAGUGCCUUGCGGAGAACCCGGGCUGUUGUGGAGACCACAAUUGGUCUUCUCAAAGCCCGGUUUCUCUGCUUGGCCCGGCCUGGGGGUGAGUUGCUGUAUUCUCCUCGCAAGUGUGCCAGGAUCAUUCUGGUGUGCUGCAUACUGCACAAUUUGUGCAGAGAGCGGCAUGAAUCCUGGCACAUGAACGAGGAGAUGGAGCCAGAGAUCAUCGGGGCUUUGCUUAUCGUGAUUGACGAUGGAUCCACAUUGCUGGAUUAUGUGAUUUUACAUUUGAUUUAUAUUGUAGGAUUUUUUGUUGUUGAGGGCAUGUGGUCUGCUUCAUCAGACAUCUCCCAGAUGACUGUGCUAAUGGUCCAGACAAGCUUCCUCUUCAUUUCCUAUUAA